AUGGAGUUUGACCUAUGGACUAUCGUGGAGGAAGGGUACACAGAGCCAACCAUCACCACAGAAGGUAUUACUACUGAAAAACCUAAGUCUAAGUGGAGUACUGAUGAGAAGAAUAAGUACACUUUAAAUUCUAGAGCUAUGAAUGCUUUAUUUUGCGGGCUUAGUCCGGAAGAAUAUAAUAAAGUAUCUGUUUGUAAAACUGCAAAAGAAAUUUGGGAUACAUUAGAGGUCACUAAUGAAGGAACUAGUCAGAAACUCCCAACUGUGGAGAUAGUGAGAAAGAUUCUACGGGCACUAGCAACAAAGAAGUGGAGGUCCAAAGUUACUGCAAUCGAAGAGGCAAAGAAUCUCAAGACUCUCUUGGUUGAGCAAUUAAUUGGAUCGCUCAUUACUCAUGAAAUGGCCAAGAAGGCUAAAGAAAAGGAAGAAAAUGAACAGCUGGUAGACGAAUUACAAGAUGAAUGCUUUGAAGGCUCUGGUGAAAAAAGUAUUUUGAGCGAGAAUGUCAAGAAGAAUAUUGCAAUUGCUCCUCAGAACAUAGAUAAACUUCAGCAGAUCACUAAACAAUCUCGAAAGUUCUGUUCUGAGGCCAUUACUUUCAUUCAUACCUUGUUGAUGACAGCAAUGUACAGAAAACCUGGAAGAAUUCAGGAUUCUCAGUCGCAUCAUUUUAUGGAAAUUAAAACACCCAGCCCUCUGCUUUAUAUACAUACCUGUGUGAAAAAGAUCAGUCCUCUGGAUUUCUUCAAGUUAAUGGACAUGCCUGGGGAUUCCCAUUUCUUUAGCUCUGAUAAUUUCAGGACAAAAGAACACAUGCCUUAUGCUCUAGGAGAUAACAUCAGAUAUGUUUUCCAACUUAUAGAGAAGAAAGUCCAAGAACAUCACAUGCUGCAUCGCCUGCUGCAGAUGCAAAAGCAAAAGCCAGUGCCUAUUAAAUUACUCAAUCCAAAGUUUGAGGAGACCUUUGUAAAGGGCAGAGAUUAUGACCCAAAUUGUGCACGAGCUGAGAUGAAAAAGUUAAAGUAGCCUGUAAGACUAGAAUCAGGUUGUGCGCUUAUGAUCUGGUAUCAGGUUGUGCCCUUCUUUCUUCUCGGCUGCUAGCAUCUUCUGGAUGUAUUUGUUUGUGUUGGCCUGUAUUUUGUCUGUUGGCACUCUUGUUACUGCUCUGGCCUUUUCCACGCAUAAUGCUGUGAGGAGUAGGUUUUGGAAAGUCUAUUUUGUUGUACUAUAUUCAUAUGCUGCUGUGUCCUGUUAAGCUCGGGCUGUUGGUUGCUAUUUGAGAGCUUCUGUUUCCAUGUUGUAUUUGUAUUUUGUAUUUUAUUUGUUGGAGACCAUGCUGGACUCUUCAAGCUUUCAUGCUCUUAUUAUCAUUUUGCCUAGCCAAGGGGGGAUGUCCCUUGGAUUUCCAUUAUACUGUUUUGGUUGCUAGCUCUGAACCUAUCCAUAAUGAGCACUAUUCUAGUUGGAAAGGAAGGCUGCCCCGGUCCUGCUGCUACAAUUGGAUGCCGCCCAGAUUAUGCUGUAACAAUUGGGUACUGCCCAGGUUGAGGGCUGGAGAGCUUUUACAGGUCCUGCUGCUACAAUCGUAUUACUUGGAUUUGCCAUUUCUAUGGCCGGCUGGAGAGCUUUUUGAUGCUUUGGAGUGGAGUCCAUCCUCCUCACAGCCCUAUGUUAUCUUGUGUUAAUUUAUAUUGUCUUACUGUGUCGUAUAUUUUCCUUUCCUUUUGGAAGAUGGAUUGAAAACGUGUCUCAUUUACCUUAUGUAGCCAUUUGGUUUAGGCAAAUUUUCUGUUAUUUUCUUUUU